AAGCAGUAAAGUCGUGUCUUGUGCCUGAUUAAAGAUGAAGUCCUGUGCUUUGAUUGCCGUUCUCCUGGCCCUGUCCCUGGGCCACUACCAAGGCGCCGAAGUGGCCGAACCGGUGGCUGUUGAGGGUCGCUCCGUGAGCAGCGAGAUCGUGGAGCUACUGGAGGUGUUUAGAGAUCUUCUGGAGACGGGCUAUGGACCCAUGCCGAAGCUGGCUCCCGCUGAGAUCAAGCACCAGCCCUUCCAAUUCAGCACCGGAGAGUUCAGCGCCAACGGAGAAAUCAACGACUUCGUGCUGGAGGGCCUAAACGGCUUCGAGGUGAUCAUCAUGAACGUCGACCUGAUCCGGAGUCGCGUCGACUUCGAGCUGAACUUCGGGAGCAUCAACUUCACGACCCUGUACCAGGCCGAUGUGGGCAGUGGGUAUCGGAUGAAGCGCGAAGGAGGCGCCUACAUGGCCCUGGAGGACUUCAACCUCAAGGGACGGAUCAGCUACUCGCUGGGCGUCAUCUCGAAGCAAAUGAAGGUCAAGAGCAUCCUCGUCUACCCCUCGGUGGGCAAUGUGGCGUCGGAGAUCGAGAACCUCUCCCAGUAUCGCAUCUUCAACCGCAAGCUAAACGAGGUCGUCGAGGAGUUCAUCACGCUGACGGUCAACGAAAACACCGACUUCGUGGCCAAUUGGCUCAACGAAAUGGUGACCCCCCUCUGCAACGACCUCAUCGGCGAUCGAUCCCUGAGCGAUCUCAUUGCCAUUAUUACCGGCGCAAAAAAAUAAUGCACGACUAAGAACCAAUAAAACCGAUCCAAAUUCCUCACUUUAAA